AGAGCCCAGAAGGUCCCCAGCAGCAGGCAUGAAAACAGAAGCGAAAGCUGCCGGGAGAAUAUAAAUUUAAAUAAAACAUUUAACUUAAAUCUCUUCCUCUUAAUAUUUUAAGCUCCGUGUGUCUUCUCGCUAAACGGCGCCAUGUUUAUCUCUUCACAAAACUCACCGCCCUGCUUCAAAGAUUUCACCCUCGUCAUGCCAGCAGUGGCUGUUGGUAAUGUGGGCCAGCUUGCUGUGGAUCUCAUGGUGUCCACUCUCAACAUGAGCAGAGUGGGCUACAUACACACAGACUGUCUCAUCCCCAUGACUGGAAACAACCCGUAUGCCACCUGCAAAGAAGAUGCUGAGGAGCUGCACACCUCUGCAGAAGUUUACACAGCAGCAGAACUGAAGGUGGCAGUUCUUCAGAUCAGGGCACCAAUUAUUCAGAAUAAAUCGAAAAGGUUCUGUCAGCUGCUCGUAUCUUGGAUCAAAGCUAGCGGGUUCUCCAGGACGGUCGUUCUGUCCAGCAGCCACGCCUACCAGAGGGAUGACCAACAGCUGCAAGGCACUCCUCUGAGGUACCUGCUCACUCCGUCUCUGCUGAAGGUGAGUGCGGAGGCGUUGAAGGAGCUCGGCUGGAGGGAGAUGGAGCGUGUGUCGGCCUUCCCAGGAAUAACAGACGCCAACACAGAGCCUCGCCUCUACAUACCUGGAGGAGGCAUAACCAAAGGACUCUACACAGACAGUUGUGCAGAGGAUCUCCCGCUGGCUGUGCUGCUGCUCUUCUGUUCGGAAGGCGACAACAUCCCAGACGCCUUCACGCUUGUCAACCACCUCAACGACUGGCUUCAUCUGCUGGACAAUCCUAGCCAAACGCCCAACAAAUGGAAGAUCCCAACAUCCUGGAGUCUUCUUUUUGGCAGUGGCAUCCCUCCAGCUCUGUUCUGAUACACACGAAUUUAGUUUGUGCUUUUUUUAACAGAUAAUUAGCUUCUGGAAAAUACACCUAAGACUUAUAAAUGUGAGUUUAUCUGGUCUGAACCUAAAACUUGGUUGUAAACUGACCCCACAAGAACCUCUCCUUUAUUUUGAUAAUAAUCUUUAGAUGUACAAUCAUUACAUCAUGUACAGGAAAUGACCCAAACGUGCACUUUUGGAUUAUUAUUUCCUUGUAAUUGAAUGAUUUUUUUCCUAAUAAAAAUAUUAUAACAAGAA